AUGCGCAGUUGGGGGGCGCCGACUCCUCCAUCCUCCUCUCGGGCAGGCGGCGGCCGCGGCUGCUGCGGGGCCGCACGGAGCCUUCCCCACCCGCUCGCUAGCGCCUGGGCCGGCCGGGCUAGUCCGGAUAUGGCUCGUGGACAGCAGAAGAUUCAGUCGCAGCAGAAAAAUGCCAAAAAGCAAGCUGGACAGAAAAAGAAACAAGGACAUGAUCAGAAGGCUGCAGCCAAGGCUGCCUUAAUAUAUACCUGCACUGUUUGUAGGACACAAAUGCCGGACCCCAAGACCUUCAAACAGCACUUUGAGAGCAAGCAUCCUAAGACUCCACUUCCUCCAGAAUUGGCUGAUGUUCAGGCAUAAAGUUGUUUACAGGUGAAUUCAUGGCACCUAUUGACUCGUCUACAGUCAGACCUUACAUAACAAAUCUGCAGCUGCUUUUCUAACAAACUGUUGAUCAGCAAAAAUGAAGGGGUUACAGAAACAUUCAUAUUUUUAUGCUGUUCCCUCUUGAGCUUCAUGCAAAGACGAUUCUGUGUAAAUGUACAGUUGUGCCCUAUUUGGAAAUCCUGAAAACCAGUCCAUACUUGUUAUAAACAUUUUUUACAAUUGUAAUUAUACUGAUGUUCAUAUUGUGUAAAAUAACUCAUUUAAUAAAGUAGUAUUUUGAUUUUUAC